AUGGAUAAACUCGUUCCUGAGGUGGAGGAUCCUGAUUAUGCUUUCUUUGAAAGUGUUUUGGUUCUGAAUCCUAAAGUGCUCCAUCUUAAUGCAGGGGGUUAUAAUCUGGAAAAUCAGUUUUUUCUGGACUUGGCGGCUCCUCGGAAAUGGGUGUCAACAGAGCAUAUGGAAGCAUUGAUAGAUUACGUGGGGGUGAGACAUGACGAAAGGCUGAGACAGAGGCGAUGCAUUUUCCUUAAGCCAUGGUUUGUAGCCCAUCUGCAAGGGAAAGCGCGUUCUUUCAAUGCUGCAAAGUUCAACAAAGGAAGGGUGGUUGGUGAUGGCAGGCUGUCAUCCUUCUUAACAAAGGAAGGAAAGAGAUGGAGAGAGGAUGUGGACACAUUGUACACUCCUAUGAUUUGGGAUGGGAACCAUUGGGUUGGGCUGUGCAUUAGUUUGACUGAUUGGAGGGUACUGGUGCUUGAUCCUAACCCCAAACUGAAGGAUAUGGGAGCAGUGCGUGGUUUGUUGGAUUCAGUAGCACAGAUGCUUCCGUAUUUGGUAGAGAAGGUAUGUCCACCACCAGUGGAAGGGGCAUACAAUUAUGAACAUUUUUUAGUGGAAAGAAUGGGGGGGAGUUACGAGAAUAGGCGGAGUGGUGAUUGUGGGCCUGUUGCUAUAAAGUUCAUGGAGCUCCAUGCUUUAGGAAACCCACACCCAAGGAUGGAUGGCUUGACGGAUGAUCUAGUGGACCUGAUUAGGAAGCAGUUUGCGAUGGACCUGUACAAGGACUGGGUUGUUCCUCUUUUACAUAGGUGAUGAGAUGAACUGAAAAGCUUGGUUGGUUAUAUUUUGUUGUUAUUGGUUGGAUGAUAUGGACGUGUAAGGGUACGUGUUGGAUUUAUAUAAUUAUGUUGAAUGUUGGAUUUAUAUAAUUUUGUUGGAUUUGGGUUAUUCUGUUGGUUUUGUUUGGAGGUGUAUGUGGUCGUACAGGUGUGCCUUGACAUUGAUUGAACAUGUGAACAAGGUGUCUAAACUAAAACCAAUGCCGUUUGUAGUAGCAAGCAAAUUAAGUUGUACAUGUUGAUUAAGUUUAGACAGGCUAACAUGUAUCAACAUAUCA